AUACCAGCGGGUCACACAGAGCACUUAUUCCACUCUUGCCUCUGACAGAACCGGUUUAACAUUUUCAUGAAAGAUUUAGGGUUUUACAUAAUCAAUCAUGGAAUCUGAAAACCCAUCUGAUGCCAUCUCCUCCCCGACCCCGACCCCGCCCCCACCCCAACCUCCACUCCUACCGCCACCACCUUUUGAACAGCCCCCAUUAAAGAAACCCAAAAUGUCAUCAACUACCAAUACCUCCUCCGACGAAACAACCCCAAAACCCCCCCGUUACAAACGUCGAAAAAUUGCAAUCUUCUUCGCCUACUGCGGCGUUGGUUACCAAGGAAUGCAAAAGAAUCCAGGUGCAAAAACCAUCGAAGGAGAUCUUGAAGAAGCCCUCUUUGUCUCUGGUGCAGUUCCUGAAGCUGAUCGCGGCCAACUCCAACGCUGCGAGUGGGCUCGUUCUGCUCGUACAGAUAAAGGUGUUAGUGCAGUUGGUCAGGUUGUUUCUGGUCGAUUUUAUGUAGACCCACCUGGGUUUAUUCAACGUUUGAACUCUAAUCUUAAUCCCCGAAUCAGGAUCUUUGGGUAUAAAAGGGUCACACCAACGUUUAAUGCUAAAAAGUUUUGUGACAGGAGGAGAUAUGUUUAUUUGCUGCCUGUUUUUGCGCUUGAUCCUAGCAGUCAUCGUGAUAGGGAGAGUGUUUUAGCUAGUUUAGGGUCUGAGAACGAGCUUAUCAAGUGUGUGGGGUGUUCUGAGAGAGGGAGGAAGGUUUUUGGUGUAAUGGGCAAUAGGAAAUGUGGGAAUCUGAGUAGUUCUGUUCAUUCAGACAUUUCGUCGAACAGUUUGAGUGCAAUGGUAAAAGAUAGUGAAAAUGAGGUGGAAGAUAAAGGAGAACAUGGUAGUUUAAAGGAGGGUUUGACAAAUAAUGCAGGUGUUGAUCAUGAGGUGCUCGUUCAGUCAGACACUUCUCCAACCAAUGGAGAUGCAUCUUUGAUUUGUGAGGAUAAAGAGAAGAAUGAUAAAGAAGAGUAUAAAAAUGGUUCUCAGCAAGAACCCUUGAAGCUUGAUGCUACUAUGGUGGAUUCUGAUGUUUUGAGUGAUCCAGAAAGGUCAUUAAAAACCGAGCAGAUUAGUGAAUUCAAGUAUGGGGAAGAGGAAAGAACUAGGUUUAAUAGAAUCCUCAAUUAUUAUGUAGGAACCCAUAAUUUUCAUAACUUUACAACCCGAACAAAGGCUGAAGAUCCCUCAGCAAAACGAUACAUUGUAUCGUUCGAAGCCAACACCACGCUUACUCUCGAAGGGAUAGAGUUCGUGAAAUGCGAGGUUAUAGGGCAAAGCUUUAUGCUUCAUCAAAUUCGGAAAAUGAUAGGAAUGGCGGUGGCAGUGAUGAGGGAUUUCGUUCCUGAAUCAAUCUAUGACCGAGCAUUCGAUCAGGACUAUCACAUUAAUGUGCCCACAGCUCCAGAAGUAGGUUUAUACUUGGAUGAAUGUUUAUUCACCUCGUAUAACAAUAAAUGGAAAGAUUCGCACGAGGAGAUAUCGAUGAAAGAUUACGCGGAAGAAGCUGAGGAAUUCAAACUGAAGUAUAUAUAUACUCAUAUAGCCAAAACCGAACAUAAGGAAGGGUCUGUUGCUGUUUGGCUACAUUCCCUAAAUCAUCGUAAUUAUCCUGAUUUUCGCCCUCCUAAUGAUCGAGUGGAGGGUGCGGCGAAUGCUGAAGGGGAAAACGCGGAUAUCAAACAGGAUGUAGCGACUGAUGAAGGGGAGAUGGCGGUUAAUAGAGUCGAGUUGGCUGCUACCGAUGAUGGGGAAAAGGCGGUAAAUGAUGAAGUGAAAUGUGGGAGAUGAUAUGCCAUGGAUGUUCAUGUUCUUCCCUAAGUUUGUUUCUUCAACAAUUUUGGAGUCUAUAAGCCUUUUUUAGGGUUAUUUUGAUUCUAAAUUAGUUAGAUAAUUGGGUUGGGAAAGGGGUAUUUUUAUCCCUUUCAAUCAUUGAAUUUUAAUACUAUUGAAAAUGUAUUUACUUUCUAAUAUCUAUUCUAAAUGUUGUUAAUCAUUUAUAUUUUUUUGAUUUUAAUUAUGAUGAAUCAUGAUAAAAUUUACUUGUUCUUGUAAGGAUAAAUGUUGUAUGCAUUUGAUUUUCCAAAGUAUACUCUUGAA